GUUAAUGCUCAAAACGAGGCUCUAGAACCCAAGACCAACCCUGAACCAUCCAACCAUCAGGUGCCAGUUCUAGAGGAUUUACCCGGUUUUACACCAUCACAGAAACCCGAGAGCAUAACAACUCUCGCUAGGGCUACUGUGGUGAUGUUACCUAAAUCCCUUCCUAGCCAAGUCACAACCAGCAUAGUCGUACAUGAGAUGGAACCAACUGAGAGACCUAACUCAAAACCACCUACGCUCAUUCAAGAAAAGGAGGAGGAAGUUUUGCCUACAGCAAUAAACGACCAUCUCCUUAAUUGUGUUCAAGACACACCUCGAGAGGAACCUGUUCUGGAGAAAGUAGAACCCAUUACCUGCCCCCAAGAUUCAAUUAAGUCCGAGCAGGAAUCUACAGACGAGGAAGUACGUUGCUCUGAUGAACUAAAUUCGUUUAUAACUAAUAAUUCAUCUGAAGCCUCAGACCAUACUUUCUUUGAUUCCCUGCUUGACGAGUAUGACUAUGUCUGCUUGAAGGAUGGUUGGAACUUAAAGAGUUGGGAUGAACUUCUAAUGAGUGACGACGAGGACUCUUCCUUGGGGGAGGAUACGAUCAUAAUCAUCAAACCACAAAUGGAUAGUCAGCCAAUUGAAGAUAAGGAAGAAAACAAUUUCGCAAUCAAGGCUAACGAUGUGGAUCUAUUGAGGAGACUUCCGCCCCCACCCACCUAUACAGAGUCUCCUCCUUAUACCCUGUUGCCACCAAGCCACAGGGAUGAGUCAAGGAUCCUGGACCUUGACCGAGCAAAAGUUCCAACAGGGUGGCAUCAGAAGAGAGUCAAAAGGGCCAAACUUUAUGACUCUCGAAUCGGAAAGUCGCGGAAAAAAUGGAACCUGGAAGAGCUCACCUUGCACUCAGAGGAAGCAAGGAAGAAGUUUCUCACUUGGGGAAACACGAAGAUGCUCCAGCCUCCCAUGGUGUUAGACCCUGCCUAUCUGGAUGAACUAGGGCACUGGCAGGACAUCGAUGAGUUUCUGUACAACCCAAAAUGGAGGAUCCUGCUGUUCCUGCAAGCACCAGCAAGCCUGGAAGUCACCAUUGAGUUUCUUUGCUCUCUCCGCUUCCACAAUGACGGAGAGGAAGUAAAGUCAACAGCUGAAGUCACCUCCACCACCAAGGUCACAUUCAC